AUGUUUACUAAUUAUAAAGAAGAAUUAUCCCAAGAUGAAUUAAAAGCUUUAUAUGCAACAGGAGUUAGAUGUCGAGGGCGACAUAAAGCCGGAAAUGAAGAAUUCUUUAAAUUAACAGGAAAAAAGUAAAAAUUAAAUCUUAUUUUUAGAUUGUAUGUUAAUCAAUAUAGCAAAUUAGUUGGUAAUUUCUUAUUAUAAGCAAUCAAACUAUUAUGUUAAUCCUUUUUUAAUUAAAUAAAAGUUAAAUAUAGAUAAUUAGGAUAAGAAAGAUUUCAUAGCAGAAUAAGUUAUGUCUCUAUACAUAUUCUAUUAAGAGCUGUAGAAAUUAAUAAACAUCUAGAUGACUUCUUGAUAUAAGAAUUGAAACGUUCAGCUGAAAAAUUUGAAUAAUUAUUGUUAAUAUAGGCAGAACAUCAUGAAGAUGAAAGGAUUGAUAGAUUUCAACAUUACAGAAAAGUAAUUAAUAGAAGAGAAUUUAAAAAAAUUGCAUUUUUUCUUGAUUAUGUGAAUGAAUUAAAAUAAAUUAGCAUAAAUUUGUAUUAAGAAUAAAUAGGUAGACACCCAUUAUUAUUUCCUUAAAUUGAUAAAAAUAAAUCAUCAAAAAUCUAUUAAUUAUUAAUUUGGGAAAAUGAUUGGUAAUCAAAAUACAAUUUAUUUUAAGAAUGUGCAGCUAAAUCAGAUUGGGAAGAAUAUUCAAUGUUAAUUAAAAAAACAAAAAAAAACGAAGAAAAAAAAUAAGUUAAAAAAAAGUCAAAUUAGCCACCUUAAUAAUUUGAAUAAUAAAUAAUUCAAUCUGAAGAUAUUAUUAAUUCAGAAAUAAUAAUUGAACCUGAGACUAAUAAAUUAAAAUUAAAUUCUUACGAUUUAAUAUCAACAGCUACACAUAAAGUUUGUAAUAAUGCUUCUAAAUAAUAAAUCAAAUAAUUGGAUAAACAAGAAUUAAAAUCAUUUAGAGGUCACUAUUAUAGAGAAGGUUAAAUANAAAAUAAUUUUCCAAAAAUCAUAUUCUAAAUGUAUAGAUGA